GGAGCGAUGGUCGCAAGAUGGCGGCGCUGAAGGAGGGACGGAGCUACGGGCUGUCGUGCGGGCGGGUGAGCGACGGCAGCAAGGUGUCCGUGUUUCACGUGAAGCUCACCGACAGUGCCCUGAGGGCCUUCGAGAGCUACCGCGCCAGCCAGGAUUCUAUUUCGCUGAGACCGUCAAUUCGAUUUCAGGGAAGUCAAGGGCACAUCUCCAUCCCCCAGCCCGAUUGCCCCGCGGAAGCGCGGACCUUCUCCUUCUACCUCUCCAACAUCGGCCGCGACAGUCCCCAGGGCAGCUUUGACUGCAUCCAGCAGUAUGUGUCCAGCCAUGGGGAUGUCCACCUGGACUGCCUGGGCAGCAUCCAGGACAAAGUCACAGUGUGUGCCACCGACGACUCCUACCAGAAAGCGCGACAGAGCAUGGCGCAGGCCGAGGAGGAGACGCGGAGCCGCGGUGCCAUUGUCAUCAAGCCUGGAGGCCGCUACCUGGGUAAGAAGGUUCAGUUUCGGAAACCAGCCCCAGGGGCGACAGAUGCUGUGCCCUCUAGGAAGCGGGCGACCCCCAUCAACCUGGCCAGCGCCAUCAAGAAGAGCAGCGUUGGUGGUGUUAGUGGGGGCAGUGGGGUGUCUCAGAGGCCCUUCCGUGAUCGGGUGCUACACCUCCUGGCACUGAGGCCUUACCGGAAGGCCGAGCUGCUGCUGCGGCUGCAGAAGGACGGCCUCACGCAGGCAGACAAGGACGCGCUGGAUGGCCUCCUCCAGCAGGUGGCCAACGUGAACACCAGGGACGGCACAUGCACGCUGAAGGACUGUGUGUACAAGGACGUGCAGAAGGACUGGCCCGGCUACUCGGAGGGGGACCAGCAGCUGCUGAAGCGGAUGCUCAUCCGGAAGCUGUGCCAGCCACAGAGCACAGGCGGCAUCCCUGGAGACUCUGCUGCUGCCAGCCCUCUGGGCGAGCAUGGGAGCUCAGCCUCGCCCCCCCAGAAACGGCCGCAGCCUCCUGAUUUCAUCGAUCCCCUGGCCAACAAGAAACCCAGGAUAUCGCACUUCACCCAGAGAACUCAGCCUACAGUCAAUGGGAAGCUGAGCACACCCCACAGCCGUGAGGCCCUGCUGCCCACCCCAGGCCCGCUGGCUAGCACAGACUCCCACCUGCCCCCGCGGCUGGAGCCCCCUCAGGCCCAUGACCCCCUGGCCCAUGUCAGCAACGACCUAGGCCACAGUGGCCGGGACUGUGAGCACGGGGAUGCGGCCGCCUCAGCCCCCACUGCGCACCUCAGCCUGCCCCUGCUGACGGACUGUGCCCAGCCCAGCAGGCCCCACAGUGGUUCCUCGCGCGGCAAGUCCAAGAAGAAGUCCAAGAAGCACAAAGACAAGGAGAGGGCGGCUGAGGACAGGCCCCAGGCCCAGCUGCCAGACCAUGUGCCUGGCUCCCUUGGAGCCCCGCCAGAUGCCCCAGGUUUAAACGGGGCCUGCAGCAGCUCCAGCGUCCCCACGUCGACCUCGGAGACGCCUGACUACCUGCUGAAAUACGCCACCAUCUCCUCCUCGGAGCAGCGUCAGAGCUACAAGAACGACUUCAAUGCUGAGUACAGCGAGUACCGCGACCUGCAUGCCCGCAUCGAGCAGAUCACGCGGCGCUUCACGCAGCUCGACGCCCAGCUCCGGCAGCUCUCCCAGGGCUCUGAGGAGUACGAGACUACUCGUGGGCAGAUUUUGCAGGAAUAUCGAAAAAUCAAAAAGACCAACACCAACUACAGCCAGGAGAAGCACCGUUGCGAGUACCUGCACAGCAAGCUGGCCCACAUCAAGAGGCUCAUCGCCGAGUAUGACCAGCGGCAGCUGCAGGCCUGGCCCUAGCCCGAGGCUGCGGGCCAGGAGGUCUACUCUGCUGGCCAGGCCAACACACCUCACCGGGCUGACCUUUCUGGAUGGCGGGGAGCUGGGGUUGGGGGAGCUAAAGACGGGGGAAAAAGAUUUAUUUAAAAAAAUAAACAUGAGGAAGACAUGUUCAUCUGAGCCAGCAAUGCCGGCUUUCAGGGGAGCCCCUGCAGACCUGGUGCCCACAGGUCACAGAUCCCGGGAGGUGGGGUCCUGCCUCCCUCCCCCCACACCUCCUGAGCAGCCCCCACCCAGCACACGCUCCCGGGAAGCCCACCUCCUCGCAGGCCGAAGCCUGAGGGGCUUCAGCUUCCUCUCGCCGGAAGACUCGGAGGCUGGCCUGCCUGCCUUUUCUGGUUUUCUACAAAGACAGUCACUUUUAGCUACUGCUUACGAGACUGGAGUCUAUUUUUGUACAAAAGAGAAAGCAUCUUUUUUCUAAACCUGUGCCUCCCCUCCUUGGAUGCCUGGGGUCUAGAUGCCACCCUCUGUCCUUUCUGCAGUAUUACAAUUGCCAUCGGAAAGUUUGGUGGCGUUGCUGCAACCUCCGAGGAGAGAACCCCUGUGUGGUGGGGGGGCUGGCCCGGGUCACGUCUCCCCUGCUGCUUUCCUGCUAGGCACCAGGCCAGGCCCUCCCUCCCAGCACCUGCCUCUCCUUCCCCUCCCUGGCUCCGGUGGGGUCUCUGCUCUAAGGGGUUGGGUGGGGCCCCUCCCAGGUCUAUUUGGAGAACCCCAGCUGGCCCCCGAACAGCUGCUGCUGGGAGCCGGCUGGAGCAGAGCGGCUCUUGGUGCUCCCGGCCUGCCCUGCUAUUUCAGACCCUCAGCUGUCGGGGGUCACUGGGGGUUUUCUGUGCUACGAGCUCGCACUCUGCAGCAACAGUGUUGAAUUUUAUUUUGUGAUGUUCUCGAUUUUCCCCUUUGCUGCUGCUUUUCAUUUCGCACUGUUGAGACCGUGUGGUCUCCAUGCUGUUGACCUCACUGUGUCCCUCAGUCCACUUGUGGGUCCUGGGGUUGUUUUAGCAGAGCCACCACGAGGUUUGCACUCAGGGAGGGGCUGGGGGUCUCUGGGGUCGGGGCCCCCCCCAAGAGCGAGCUCAGAAAAGGCACCCUGUCUGCCUGCUCCGGGGGUCGCAGGCUCCGUGGACACCCCAAUUGCUGCUUAUUUGCUGUGCCUAGUCUAGUGUCCCCCAAAGUGUCGGGGGGCCGUGCAUGCGUGAGUGUGUGAGAGAGGGGCCCCCCCAGGGCGUGGUGGGGGCUGAGGUGUGUGUGCACAUUCAGGGCCAUGUCCAGUAAAGCCACCAGUGGGGGUGGGGGUGGCUGCAGCCUGCAGCCCUGGGGUCACAGGGGGGUGGCUGCUGCCAGCAGUAGUGAGGCAGCGAGAGUGGAAAUGCUCACGUGGACACAUCUGUUCUAAGCUGUGGGGGUCUCCUCAUGGCUUCCCAAAGAGCGUCCUCGUGGAGGUGCCUGCACAGUGCCCCCCCCAGCCCGAAGUCUCUCCCUCUGCCAGCCCCCAGGGGUGCCUGGAGCACCGGGAAACGAUCCUUCAUGUUUCACUAGCUGUUGUCUUGUUUUUCAUUUGGGAGAGGAGGGAAGGGCUGAGCAGACCCGGCAGCCCCCGAGCUGUGCCGACUGCCGUGCUGUGGAUGUGGAUAUCUGGCCCAGCCGUGCAGGUGCCGGUGAGGGAUCACCUAGGGAGGCUUUCUGCCUUGGGAACCAGUUCAGGGGACUCUCAGCUCAUUUCCUUGUUGUUGUUGUUUUGUUUCUUGUUUUUUUCUCCUUUAAGGAAUUAUGAAGCUAAGAAAAGUUCUGUGCUUUAGAAGUUGAUGGACAAAAGUUCUAGCUGAUUAAAUAUGUUCUAACUUAUUGAUACUGUGUUUUUUCUUUCCUUUUAAUAUUGUACUGUGGAGAAAAACUAUUUUGAGCCAUGGAGUUGGUGUUUACAAGAACUUUUCACUUUUGCCAAAAUGUUACAAUUGAAAGGCAUCCACGUCUUCAGUUUCUUAAUAUUUUCUUAAAAGACCUCGUGUCCUUUUUGUACACUAAACAGGUGAAUGCUGAUUUUUUCCAACCUAUAAUAAAUGUCACUGAGCCGAA